AAUGUGUGUCACGCUAGCUGUGAAGAGGUCGGAUUGAGACGUUGGGCAAACCGUCUUCAACGAGAAAGGCUGUGAGUGAGAGGAUGGUGCGGACUAGGCAUAAUGGUGAUACCACCACCGACACACCACCUAGAUUUCUUACUUUAGAUGAGAGGAGAUCUAAAAAAUCAAGGAUCCACGCCAUUGAUGCAGAUGGCAAUGAAAGCGAUCACAGUGCUAUAGGUUAUCAUGAAGAGCACUCCAUAUUUGAAGAAAAGAUUGUGGAAUCAAGAUUACGACCUCGGGUUGGACCAAGACGAGCUUAUAAUUAUGUAUAUGAGGAUUCCUCAGAUGAUGAUACAGCACUGCUGAUCUCAUCUAGAAGAAGGAGAGCACGAGUGGUAAAUGAAGCCCCUUUUCAAAUGCCUGGCAGCAGACGACGAAGAAGACAUGAUGUUUGUGAGCUUGAGCAUACUUCUGAAGAAGAUGGAGAUGAAGAUUCCCCCCAUCAACGCAGAGCCAGAAAAUUAUCACAGGUACAGGUUGAAGGGGAUGGCGAAGAUGGUGAAUUGUGCAGUGACAUGGAUGAUGAUGAAGAGGAGGAAGACUUGAACAAUUGUGCCUUGCGACGUAGUUCUCGCCUUCGCCAGAAACCUUACCGGUUUCGUCCUAUGGCAGAAGAAAUUACCUCACAUGGACCUGGGGACAGCAGUAAUGUUGGAGGAAAUGAGAGGGGAAAAAGACAACGGCCUAGUGACCCACCAGAUAAUCCAGAUGAGGAAUAUGGAGACAUGUACAGCAGAGUGAAAAGGGCAAGAAACAAAAAGACUGUUGGCCAUGAAUGCAAUAAUUCAAUAUCAAAUACUGAUGGGUCCAAUGAUGAAGGAGAUGAUAAACAGGACACCGAAGAUGAAGCUCAGCAAAGACGAUCCUACUCUUUGAGGGAACACAAGCCCAGGACACAACUGUAUAUUGCACCAGCUAUAGAGGGCAUAAGGAAGAAACCGAAGCAACAGUCAAUGUUUCGAGAAACACCUCCAAGAAGAUUGAAUAAACAUGCAACAUAUCGUUCUCCAGCUCACAGAAAUGCCAAGUUUAGUCCUUGUUCUUACAGAAAACGGGAAACAUUUCAUGGAAGCUCUACUUCCACAUCUGACUCCUCUGACAGUGGAACUGAGACAACCGAUGAACAGCGCUUCAACCGCAGAAAAGCCAAGAGUAUUGCUAAGUCCAGGAACAGAAUUAUGCCAUUGAACUUCCCAAAUGAUACAGUUGGAACUUCGGCAGUGAUGAAGGAUCGCCUUCGAGCAGGAGCAAGUUCAGCAGAUGUAGAUCCUAUGGAAAUUGACACUUCUGUGAAUUUUGAUAGUAUAGGUGGUCUCAAACAGCAUCUGAUGGCUCUUAAAGAAAUGAUUGUAUUUCCACUACUGUAUCCUGAGUUCUACGAACGAUUCAAAGUGGAGCCAUCUCGUGGAGUUCUCUUCUAUGGACCACCAGGAACUGGCAAGACCCUAGUUGCUAGAGCUCUAGCUAAUGAAUGCAGUCUAGGCGGGCAGCGGGUGGCAUUCUUCAUGCGCAAAGGUGCUGACUGUCUGAGCAAGUGGGUUGGGGAAGCUGAGCGCCAGCUACGACUUUUGUUUGACAAGGCAUAUGAAAUGCGACCAUCCAUCAUCUUCUUUGAUGAAAUUGAUGGCUUAGCACCUGUCAGGUCUAGUCGACAAGAUCAGAUCCACAAUUCCAUUGUGUCAACACUGUUGGCUUUAAUGGAUGGCCUUGAUUCACGAGGUGAGAUAGUGGUCAUUGGUGCCACCAACAGGAUUGAUGCAAUCGACCCUGCCUUUCGUCGUCCUGGACGUUUUGAUAGGGAAUUUCGCUUUCCCUUUCCAAAUUUAGAGGAUCGAAAAAAGAUUCUCAAAAUCCACACAAGGAACUGGAAGCCCAGCCUUCGUGAUGAGUUUAUAUCAGAACUGGCAGAAAAAUGUGCAGGUUACAGCGGAGCAGACAUCAAGUGUUUGGUCACGGAUGCAACUCAGAAUGCAUUGCGGAGGCAUUAUCCACAGAUUUAUACUACAUUUGAGAAGCUUCAGCUUGAUGUGGGGGCUAUUACACUGACUGCUCGUGACUUUGCACGGGCCUUAGUCAACAUAGUGCCGGCAGCUCAACGAACUGUGCUUAACCCUGCCGUGGCACUUGAACCUUCUAUGAGACCUUUACUGCAACGAGCACUGUGCACUUUGUCUUCGGCCUUGGCAAUUCAGUUUCCUUAUGCCAGAUUCAAGAGGAAGGUAGAAUUAUUGGACUUGCCUCAAGCAGGUUCCAGCUGUGAAGAGGAUAGUCAAGAAAAAUUAGCUUACCAAGAAUUAAGCAGCGAUGAGGAAGAGAACGCUCCAUCAAUAUUUAUGCCUCACAAUAAGAAUCAUGCUUUUUCACAUAAAACUGCAGCUAGUGAUCUUUCUUCUGAACCAUCUUUCAUCAAGUUCUCCUCUGCUAUGAGCCGGUUCCCAAUCUUGUAUCGACCACGCAUGCUGGUGUCGGGGGAGAGUGGCCAGGGACAGACAGUUCACCUGGCACCAGCUGCCCUUCAUUUCAUGGAGCAUCUGCCUGUGUAUACCUUGUGUUCGGCUGCCAUUUUUGCUGCCACAGCCAAAAUGCCUGAAGAGGCUUGUGCUAAUAUAUUUUAUGAAGCUCAGCGAACAGCACCUAGCAUUAUCUACAUGCCAUCAAUUAAUGAACUGUGGGCUGUAGUGUCUGAUACUCUUCGCUCCACCUUCCUUAGUCUGGUGCACAAUAUGCAGCCUUCCACACCAGUCCUGCUGUUUGCCACCAGUGAACUGCCAUACAGUCUUUUAGAUGAGCAGCUGAAGAUGCUCUUCAACAAGGCAGGUGGACAAGUGGUGGAGGCUGAAGUUGUGACAUCCGAAGAACGCAAUCAGUACUUUUCUGACCUCAUUUUGCUACAUCCCCUUCGGCCACCACCCACUCACAAGCAGGCUGAAAUGCAGGUAACUGUGCCAGGAAACCUUCAUAUAUUUCCUCCAAUUAAAACUGGAAUAAAUGAAGUUCAAGGUUGUAUAGGCAGAACAGUCAGCACUCCUUCAGCUGAGGUGCCUGUUUCUUCAAAACAGUUGAACUUAUUCUUUGGCCACAAAAAUCAUGACUCCUUGAGAGUUAUUGAUUAUAAACAGGACACUUUCAGGGGAUCAUGCACCAAUGUUUCCAUUGAACGUGCCAACAAUGCACCAAAAUACAGCAAGCCAGGAACCUCUAGAGAGCCUGACUCACAAAAACGUAAUAAUCAUCAACCAAUUUUGGAGAGUGCUGCAAAAUCUGCAAGAAGUCCACCAAAACAAUCUUUGACCAUGAACCAAAAUAAGAUUUUAAUUAACGAACAUCACAGUGGACUUAAGCUGCCUCAUACCCCUGGCAGCAGACAGCAGAAGUGUUUGAACAGGAAGCAUGCCUUACCAGUAGAUUAUUAUCAAGGUGUCAGCAAAAGUAAGUUAUGUGGAGUCAAGAAAAUGCGAGGUUCGAAAGCAAAUCAUUCCUCGGGAGCAAAGCAAUCUUAUCACCAGAAAAGAUUGUUUUUUAGCAAAGUGCUUGUCUCCAAAACUAGGUCACAGCAAGGGAAGUCCUAUCGGGGGGACUCCUUAAAUUUCAAUCAGUCUGCUUCUCAUGGUGUCAUGUUAUCCAAGUCUCAAGAGUUGACAUCAGAGAUCGAAUAUGAUAUUGACAAGGCUUCUCUGACCUGUGCAAUUCCCAAUGCAGUGCAUUGGCCGUGUUAUAAACCAGUGAACAGCCUGAAAGAAAACACCUACAGCAUUGCCAGUCCAAGUCUGCAGGCAGCACCCAUUUUGCCCCAAUCCAGAGCCCAGUGUAUUCUGCAAGUGCUGCCCAAGGCAGCUCCACCAGAACCACGCAAGUUGACAGAACGCGAAGAGUGCAGACUUUUGGAACAAGAAGAAGACACCUUGCGAGAACUUCGAAUCUUUCUUCGUGACAUCCUGUCAAAAUUGGGGCGUGAAAAAAAAUUUCUCAUCUUCACAAAGCCUGUUGAUGUUGAAGAUGUGCCAGAUUAUUAUGACAUCAUCAAGAAUCCCAUGGACCUUUCUAUGAUGAUGAGCAAGAUAGAUUUACACAAAUAUUCCACAGCUUCUGCUUUUAUGGAUGAUAUCUACCUCAUCUGCAGCAAUGCACUUGAGUACAACCCUGACAAAGGGCCUACAGAUCGGGCAAUUCGUCACCGUGCUUGUGCUUUACGGGAUACUGCUGAAGCCCUCUUAAAAGCAGAGCUGGAUCCCGAUUUUGAAAAGAUCUGUCAGGAAAUUACUCAAUCCAGAAAACGUAGAGGUGUAGAUUCAUCAGGCAUGGUACCAGCUUUUUGUCACACAUGUCCUCUUACACUGUCGACUAACGAUUCUUCUACCUCAGCAUCCAAAAACCCAAGCCACAUCUUGCAGGUACCAGAGGGUUCACGGUACAGUCGUCGUGUGAGAGGACUUGACGUUGACAAUGUUGUUCCACUCGACUUGGUUGAGAAGUCAGCACAACUGGAGAAGAGUCUGCUCGGUAAGACUUCAGCCAUGGAUGUAGAUGGAGGAGAAACACACAUGUACAGAGUGGGCAUGGAGCACCAGACACAAGAAGAUUCUUUGGACACAGAAGAAGAGCCUUCCAGCUCUGAAAAAGUCUCUAGUGUGCUUUCAGCCAAGCCAUCUAAUUCCAGUCAUACAGAGAAAAAUUCAUUCAAAGCGCAUUGUGAAACACGACCUGUGUCCUCUUCUAUGAUAAAGAAAAUGAACAUGCGCAAAAAGUGCCCUUGGUUGGCCACAAGGCGUCGUCGACGUACCCAUUCUGCAUUCUCACAGAAAGAUUCCCACAGUCCUGGGUCAGACGUAGAUGUAGUUUCGGCAGAUGAAUCUGAAGGAACAGUAAAUCCUUGCCAUGAACAGAAUAGGCAGGAGGAGAGAGUUGAACACAUUGAGCAUGAACAAUUGCCUCAGGCCCCUGAGAAUGCCAAUAACUCAGCUGUAAUCGCCUUGAAACAGAACUCAAUGCAGAGCCUCACACGUCGAAGCAAUUGUGCUGGAAGCAGCUCUUCUCCCGCAGCAUUUGGUACCCCAGUUCAGAAUCACCUUCCUUCAAUCUCAUGCACACAGAGCCAUGAUUCUUGCAUGAUGCAGACCAUGCAACCUGCAUCCACUUCUGCAGCUAACUCCAGUGAAGGCAGCAACCCUGCAGCAAGCCAGAGGCCAGCAGCAGCUAAGAAGCUGGAAGUAGACCUGAAUGCUGUGUCCACAGACAGUGGAGUUGGCAGUUCUCUUGAUAGCAAUGGUGACUCCCGUGACAGCAUAGAGCACAAUAACAACAACAACACUGGAUCUGUCACAAGACAAGAAACUCCUGACCAUGGAGAAGAGAACUCUGCUGACAAGUCAACAGCAGGCCUUGCAUGUGCCCGCACCCGGUCACGCACACAGACAGCUAUACAGCAGAGUGCCUUUCAUGCCUUGGAGGCGGUUAUGCCCAGCAUCAGAAUCGACAAAGACAGGUUGUCACAACUUCUAGAAUACACCGUGCGGCAGACUCAUCACUGUACUGUGGAGAAGCUGCUACAACUGUACAGCAUCUUGAGCCGCAUCAUUUUCCGCCAUCGUCAUCAACAUGACAAAACACAAUUAGUUCAGGAGAUGGAAGAGGCAGUAGAGACAUUUUGUGGGAAUGCAAGACUCCAAUGACAAUUAUAAUAGGCCGGAACUCUGCAUCUUAUUUAUGUGGUUUAUAGGGACAGAUGCUGUUCAACAUCCUUCCGUUUGAUCUCGUGGUGCUUGCUUCCAACUGCCACUCAUCAGGGAUUUUUCCGAUUAUCCAUUACAAUAUGGCCAGUUUGUGGCACCUCAGUCAGGGACCUAUGUUUUUUUCUCGCCAUCAAGUACCUUUAUAUAAUGUAAUUUAUAUUACAUUACAUGUUAUUUAUCUAUGGAAAGAAAGUAAAUUUUGUAAUUUUAUAAACUAUUAUAUUUAUUGUCAACUAUAAGAUAGAUUGAGACUCUAUAACUGCCAGUUAACAUGUGAUCGUGUGUUUAAGGGUAAGAUGUUGCAUGGGUGAAUCAUUAUCUGCAUAUACAAGAUUACAACGCCAACAGCUGAACAGGACAGCAAGUGAGUAGUAGUCAGCUGUGUAUACCAUUUACAUCAUUUGUUUAUUUCAAAUCACUGGCACAUGAAACUGUAGAAUAUUUUCCAUUCCAAACUGCAUAUUUAGUCAUUUACUGUAAAGAGUUUAUGUGCUUCCAUGCAGCAAAAUCUCACAGUUUGUGUGAAAUGUUGGUCUUUAGCUGUGCAGAGUUUGUGCAUUUCUCACAGCGAAGAGUCUCGCAGUUUAUGUGAUGUGUUGGUCAUUAGCUGUGUGGUGUUUGUGGCUGCCUUAUUUUUUUUAUAUAUCAUGACCGUGUCAUGUAUGUGAUAGCACCAAUGCUCUAUGAACAUGAAAAAUGAACAAAUUCAAUUUCUUGUUACCCAUGAUUAAGCCACAAAUAACCCACCACUAAGGUUUCCUUCAAAUCUUCACCUGUGAGCUUGAACAGUUAAAGGUAUCCAUAUUGUGUAUCAAGUAGCAACAGAGCACAGACUAUUCCAAUGUAGAAAUAUUUACUGGUACUUGUUGAUGUAAAUUGUGUUGACAUUUUGUGUGGUGUUUUAUUGAUGUGGUGAAAGUGCUACACUAUGAUAUAUUGUGUUUUCUUCCUUCCUGAAACUUGUUUGAGAGGACUUAAGCAGUUUUAACAUUGAAGACUGCAAGAGUAAUAAUUUCUUGAUGCUGCUGAAAGGAUUUACUUACCCUUCUUUUAGAGUAGCAUCAUUAAAAUUCUUCUGUCUGGGAGGAGAGGCAAAGUAAUUCUUUUUUCAGUACUUGAGAAACAAAUGAAACAGCUGUUAGCAUAAACAAUAGAGCCCCUGAAACAUAGCCUCCAUUUACAAGUAGUUUUUAACUAAUAGCGUCCAUCAGUGUAUGCAUAUUUCAGCUACUUUUCAUGUAGCCAUACCCAUAUCUUGACUGCGUUUUGAAGCUGUGGAAUUUCAAGAUGCUAGCUGUAUUCUUGCUUUUUAAUUUAAACUCCUUAUCCCCUCCCCCCCCAUGAUUAUACACAAUGUUACAUAAUUAUACACAGCAUUUGUCAUCUAUUUCACACAAAUUUUGGACAAAUUUUUAUACAAAACUUGAUGGGAACAUUAUGUAUAGGCUUGCAUUUAUUAAAGCAUUGUUGUACAAAAAUGUAUCGGAUUUACUAAAAUAUACUCCAUUUAUUAAUGAAGAAGAUUAAACAAAAAUCUGUAGUGCUCUUAAGGUCAUUCUUAUCUAUCCUUCUGGGGCCAAACCUACAUCACAAAGACUGGCAAUCUUGAUGCCUACAUGGUUCCUAACUGGACAGACCUUGAGGUCUCAUCUCUGGUUUGCAGAUUUUGCUCGACCUAUGCUUGCAGUAUAAAAAGGACUGCAUGCCAGUUUAAGUCUUAUUAGCUGAUUGAUUGUUAAAUUGAAGCAGAGAGUUCACUUGUCAAAGGAGAAAAGAAAGGUGAAAAAAAAGCCAUAUAAACACUAUUAUUAUUCAUUUGAAGAGAAAAUAGUACUUAAAUUAAAAUUUCUGUGAAGUAGAAAAUGAAAUGUAACUUAUUUCAGUUCACACAAAAUGUAAUACUAUGAACAAUCAGAGCAUGCCUGACUGUGACAUUAAGGACCAAACCCAAUAAGAGAUUAGUGUUCAAAGAUCAGUACAUUAAAAACAAUCUUUAACUUUUGUGCUUAAGAAGUACAUAUGUGAUACCAUCACCAUCCAUUUUCUCUUUUGAAGGAAAUAACAGGUUUUAUGGUCAUUUGCUUGUGCAAGACUCUUAUGCUGGGUUAUGAGGAUAUGAUUAUUGGGAUUAGGACUAUGUAUAUUUGAAGUUUGAAUGAAUGUCAUUAUUGUGAAGGUUCUUCUUGACUGAAUAAUUUUCUCAAUAUGGAGUUUCUAUGUUUGUGCCUGUGCAUAUGGGAUUGUUUUUAAUAUAAUGUGAUAAACAUGACAAGAAAUGUUUAUUAAUUCAAGAGUUUAACACACAGCAUCUGCGAUAAUGCAUCAGUGUGCAGAUUGCCUUUUGAUAGUGUGUUAAUACUGGCAUACAGAUGUGCAUGUUAUCAUGCUCUAGUGAUGCACACAGCAUGUUAACAAUUGCAUGCACACAGGGCUGUGCCAGGGAGUAUACAUGUAGGAGCAUGCCUGUACAGAGAAAGCUUUAUUUAUUGUCAACACUGUUAACACUAUGGCUGUGCCCCAGUUGGAAACUUUUUGGUAAAACAAAAAAAAAAAAAAACCACCCAAAAACAAAACUAAAAAAAAAAAAAGAUACUU